GUUUUUUUGUUUUAAAAAAAAUUAACUUCUUAAAAUCUAGGUUUUUGGCUUGGUAUGAAAUUGAUGUUCAAUUGUGUUGUGAACAACUUUUUCAGUGCAUGUAAUUUAGCAAAUUAUUUCAUUUUGUAUUGUAGGAAAAAUUAGAUAAAUUAGGCGUGCAUGUAAUUUAGGCUCGAUUAAUUAUUUGUAAAUUGUAUAUAUAUAGAGGUGUUGUUAGUUACUAACAGAAUAUUGAUACAAAAUCUAUAUUCACAUAAACCCUAAAAACCCCAUUCUUGUUCUUGGUAGAAAUUUUGAUUUCAUUUUAGUGUUGGUUUGUUCUCAUACAGAUACUGGAGUUGUAUUUAAGAAAUGGCGAGGAAGAAGAGAAACCAACAAUCUGGAGGAGAGAGCACUGUUAAUCCUCAGCAAGGCGGAAGAAGCGGAAAUGGCAGUGGUCAAACAGGGCCACCACAAGCUGCUGGUGGUCAUCCAGGUGGUGGAAGGGGUUAUGGUUCCCAGGGACGAGGAGGUCGCGGAGGAUAUGGCUGUCGUGGUGGUACCCAGUCUGGUGGCAUGGCCUCGCAAUAUGGUGGACAUGCAGAGUCCCAAGGCAGGGGUGCUCAGCAGCAUCCACGUGGCGGAGCACCUCCUCAAUGCCGUGGUGGCCAUAGUAGUGGAUCCGCUGGUGGGUCCAUUCGUCCUUCAGUUCCCGAACUGCACCAAGCGCCACAGGGUCCCUACCCACCAGGGUCUCUGCCACCUCAAGCGAUGACCUCUGGUAAGCCAGCGGAACUCUCAGAGGCCAGUUUUUCUGUGUCCUCUAUGCGGGCUGGGCCAUCACAGGUUCAACUACAGCUUGAGCAACUUUCUGUUCAGGAGUCAUCUUCUCAAGAAAGUCAAUCUUUGCCUGCUAGUAGCAAAUCAGUGAGGUUUCCUCUCCGACCUGGGAAGGGGAGCAUUGGCACUAGGUGCAUUGUGAAAGCAAAUCAUUUCUUUGCUCAAUUACUUGAUAAGGAUUUGCACCACUAUGAUGUCUCUAUCACCCCAGAUGUGACAUCAAGGGGCGUGAAUCGUGCUGUUAUUGGGCAAUUGGUGAAGUUGUACAGAGAAUCUCAUCUUGGAAGCUGUCUUCCGGCUUAUGACGGAAGAAAAAGUCUCUAUACUGCAGGCGCUCUACCGUUUACCAUGAAAGACUUCAAGAUUACACUUACUGAUGAGCAUGAUGGGUCUGGGGCACCAAGGAGAGAGAGGGAGUUUAAGGUUGUAAUUAAGCUGGCUGCACGAGUGGAUUUGCAUCAGUUAAGCAUGUUUUUGCAAGGCAAGAUUGCAGAUGUGCCUCAGCAGGCUCUCCAGGUUCUUGAUAUUGUAUUGCGUGAAUCACUUACUUCUCGCUUCUCACCAAUAGCCCGUUCAUUUUAUUCACCUGAUCUGGGAAAGAAGCAACCACUGGGAAAUGGUUUAGAAAGCUGGCAUGGAUUCUAUCAAAGUAUCCGUCCAACACAGAUGGGGCUAUCUUUGAAUAUUGAUAUGUCCUCCACUGCCUUCAUUGAGCCUUUGCCUGUAAUUGAUUUUGUGACCCAGCUGCUGAACCGGAAUGUGACAUCUAGACCAUUGUCUUUGUCUGAUUCUGAUCGACUGAAGAUCCAGAAGGCUCUGAGAGGAGUGAAAGUUGAAGUUACACAUAGAGGAAAUAUGCGCAGAAAAUACAGAAUAUCUGGGCUGACAUCCAAGACAAUAAGGGAUCUCACUUUCCCUAUUGAUGAAAGAGGCACGAUGAAGUCUGUGGUGGAAUAUUUCUAUGAGACCUAUGGUUUUGUAAUUCAACACACACAAUGUCCAUGCCUACAAGCUGGAAAUCAACAGAGGCCAAAUUAUUUGCCCAUGGAGGUGUGUAAUAUCGUUGAGGGCCAGCGAUAUUCCAAAAGGUUGAAUGAACGACAAAUUACAGCUUUGCUGAAGGCCACUUGUAAACGUCCUCAAGAAAGGGAGAGCAAGAUUGUCCAGACUGUUCAUCACAAUGCAUACCAUAAUGAUCCUUAUGCGCAAGAGUUUGGUAUUAGAAUUGAUAAAAGGCUUGCUACUGUUGAAGCUCGUGUUUUGCCUGCACCAUGGCUGAAGUACCAUGAGAGUGGUAGAGAGAAGAAAUGUCUGCCUCAAGUUGGUCAGUGGAAUAUGAUGAACAAGAGAUUGGUUGAUGGGGGAACGGUGAACAAUUGGAUAUGCAUAAAUUUUUCUUGCAAUGUGCAAGAUGAAGUUGCAAGUAGAUUUUGCUCUGAGCUUGCUCAAAUGUGCCAUAUUUCUGGCAUGGUUUACAAUCCAGAACCACUACUACAAGUCUUCUCAGCCUAUCCAGACCAAGUUGAGAGCGCUCUAAAAAAUAGAUACUAUGAUGUCAUGACAAAAUUGCAGCCUCAAGACAAAAAGCUUGACUUGCUUAUUGUGAUUCUCCCUGAUAAUAAUGGCUCUCUCUAUGGUAAUCUGAAACGGAUUUGUGAAACCAAACUUGGAAUUGUGUCGCAGUGCUGUUUGACAAAACAUGUGUUUAAGAUGAGUAAGCAGUAUUUGGCAAAUGUUGCUUUAAAAAUAAACGUGAAAGUUGGUGGAAGGAAUACAGUCCUUGUUGAUGCAUUAUCAUUGAGCAUACCUCUUGUUAGUGAUCUGCCAACCAUUAUAUUUGGUGCUGAUGUUACACAUCCUCACCCAGGAGAAAACUCGAGCCCAUCCAUUGCAGCUGUUGUUGCUUCUCUAGAUUGGCCUAAAGUCACCAAGUACGCUGGUCGGGUUUCUGCUCAAGCACAUCGCCAGGAGUUGAUCCAAGAUCUGUACAAAACCUGGAAUGAUCCCAGCAGGGGCCCGGUUACUGGUGGAAUGAUAAAGGAACUCCUUAUUUCUUAUUACCAGUCAACACGCCAAAAACCACGGCGUAUCAUAUUCUACAGGGAUGGUGUGAGUGAAGGUCAAUUUUAUCAAGUGUUGCUGUAUGAACUUGAUGCUAUCAGGAAGGCAUGUGCUUCCAUAGAGCCGGGUUAUCUACCUACGGUGACAUUUGUUGUGGUUCAAAAGCGUCAUCAUACAAGAUUGUUUGCCUAUAACCAUCAUGAUCGAAAUUCAGUUGACAGAAGUGGCAACAUAUUGCCUGGCACAGUUGUUGAUUCUAAGAUUUGUCACCCAACAGAGUUUGACUUUUAUUUAUGUAGCCAUGCUGGCAUUCAGGGUACUAGCAGGCCGGCACAUUACCAUGUCUUGUGGGAUGAAAAUAACUUUACGUCAGAUCAGUUGCAGUCGUUGACUAAUAAUCUAUGUUACACGUAUGUAAGGUGUACUCGAUCAGUUUCAAUUGCUCCUCCGGCUUAUUAUGCCCAUUUAGCUGCAUCUCGUGCUCGCUUCUAUAUGGAGCCAGUAAAAUCAGAUAGUGGCUCGACAAGUGGUGUUGUUGCUGGUCGUGGAGGGAAGGCAGCUGCUGGAGGACCAAGUACAAGAUCACCUGCUGCAGUGCAACCUCUUCCUCUUUUGAAAGAGAAUCUGAAGAAAGUCAUGUUUUACUGCUGAAGAAUUGACAAUUGGAGGGAUGGUCGUCGUGUGUUUAGGCGGUCGUCUAAUGUCUAGUGACUAGUAUUGCUACUCUGUUCUCUGCUAGCCUGUGGUAUUUUAGCAUUUGUUGCUCUCCCUUGUGUUUGAAUCACUGGAAUUCAUGUCAGUUUCAAAUGGUUUAUGAACUUAUGCAUCCACCUUUCAUGACAUUUUAUGCUCAGUAUGCUCAUUUAUUAGUAUUGUUGGCUGUUAUUUGAUCUAGAAAUGAUUUUGAAAGUCCCAUUUGAAUUUAUUUACUUGGGUUAUCCUUGACCAUUUCACCACUCAUCAGCUGAAUUUCACGUAUUGCAAACGUUAGGUGAGUUUUUGGGGCAAUUGUUUUUGUUUGGUAUUUUUACUCUUGAUCCGACCAAUUUUUUUUUUUCUACAUUAAAAAUGUUAAUAAUAAAUAAAAAAAAUAGUUUAUCUAACAAUCAAAUUGUGGCUGCAAUCACUGUUAAAUUUCUUAUAAAAUUGGACACGUUACACUAGGCUUAUCAAACAGGUUGGGACAUGUUGGAGUAGGUUUAGAACUCCAUUGAUUUAAAUUUAAGGGUGUUUGGUA